UCUUAAAAUGGUGCAGCCCUUAGGGUUUGGAUGUGAGUUGAAUUACGGGGGUGUAUGGGGGCAAACUGGUCAUUGUCCGUUCGAGUCAAGAGGUUAUCCUAAGGCUGUACAAUUCGCGACAAUGAAAAAUGUAUUUGGUGGACAAGAAGACGAAUUACCAGCUCACCCUCAGGACCCAAUACUGAUACACCAGAAAACAUUUGAAAACACCACUAUUAAAAAAUGUCAAGCUAUCGAAUUCCCGAUUCAACUGAACGCGACCACCGUCGACAAAACUUCAAGAAUUUAGAAAUUAUACGAAGAGCAUUGUCGAAAGUGAUUGAACCCAUGCAUUGUGUCAAUGUAUUAUUUGAUCCAAAAAAAAUAACUUGUAGUCUAUGUGUGUAAAUAUUUAAAACAGCUGCAUACGUUGGCAAGCUGGAAUUGAAAGAUCCAUUAAAAAUAAAUUUUUCUAAUUCUUUUUAAUUCUUUUAUUCACUGCAGGUUAACUUAUGUUGUUGCUGCAAAUUUGACUAAGAAAUGUGAUUACUUUCUGCCUUGUUUUAAAUAAUGUUAUUUGCUUUGUGAUAUUUGUUUUGGAAUGACAUAUCUUAGGUAAGUUGUACAAUUCAGAUCGACAUUAUUAAACUGGAACAGUGCAUUUAUAAUGGUUACAGUUGUGAAGUGGUAGUGUUUGUCACCGAUGUUUUCUCAAAACUCGUGUUUCUUAGGGCGCUUUCUCCGGGAAUUACCAUGAUGGUAGUUUUAAAACAUCUUUUGGAUAUUUUUAAUAUUGUCUCUUAAACCAGUUAGCUUCGCGUGUUUUCUCCUCUUUUUAUAAUCUUCAGUAUUUCAUGUAAAAUUUUGCGACGGUUACGGCAUAAUUUUGAUUUAAAUAUGAUUUGAUGUACAUUUCAAGGAAGUUCUGUAAGCAACAACCAUACGAUAAGCGAACUUGCUUUUAUUUUUAAAUACUUCUGUAUGCCUUGCAGAAUUUAUUUCUCAACGAAAGUAAACUUUUUUUUGAGAGGAUUAUUCAUGGUAUCCAAUAACUUGGUCAAGUUUGUGAUGAUGUUUGUUGAGAACCAUAGAAGGUUGGGAUUUUGCACAUUCGAGGCGAGGUUUGUUGCCAUUUAUAAAUGUUUUGAGGAGAGAGAAGUUUCAGGUUGAAUGCACUUUAUGAGGACAAUAAUUUGUCAGAUUUUUCACUGCAGUUCCUUGUUUUUGACCUUCGUCUUUUGUUUAUGCCACAUUUUCAUUGAAAAUCGUUUCAUCAUUUACUGUGCAUCUUUUGGUGCUUGGGUUACAGUAUGCUCACAUUACCUUCACUGACUUUUUAAAAGACUUUACUGCCUAGCAAAUAGCAC